UUUGUUACCCGCCUCCUAUAUAUAUAUAAAUAAUGGGAGUAUUAUGCAUGAAGUGGAAACAUACAAGAAAUCAAAACAAACCUUAUCGAUCAAUAUUUUUACAGAUGGAGAAGGCAUUGAGUUGGGAGAUAGAUGACUUCUCCAAGAGGAACAAUUGGAUAAAGUCUGAUAACUUCUCAAGUGGUGGCUGCGAAUGGUAUGCUAAGGUAUAUCCCAAGGGAUCCGGUUGCUCUGAUCACUUGUCUGUGUUCCUUUGCGUUGUGAAUCCUCCUAAUUCAUUGAGACCUGGAUGGAAACGGAGAGCUAUUUUUAGCUUCCUUUUGUUGAAUCAAUCCGGCCAAGUUUUAAACAGAUCACCAGAAGAAAGGAAAUACUGUUUGUUCUGCGCUGAGGUCCCAAGCUGGGGUUUCCGGAAGGCGUUGCCUCUUACCAAGCUGGGGUUUCCGGAAGGCGUUGCCUCUUACAAACUAACCGUUGAAGUCUACAUCAAAGUAGUUGAAGUUGUUCAUCAAGGAAAAUCAACUGAGAAUGAUAUAAUAGAUUUCCAUGGUUCCCAUAUCUUUGCUUCUCAAGUUUUCUCAGUGGCCAAUACUGUCUUUCAGGACCCACACUAUGUAGAAGAUUUCAAACCUGAGAACCAAUGGGUCCAACCAAAGUACUACAUGUAUCUCCUUGGCCUCGUCGAGACACUGAUCAAGCCUCCACAGAGCUUGUCUGCGACAGAACUAAGCAAUGCUCAAAGAGAUUUGACAGCGCUGAAGGAGUCAGGCUUCAAACUUGACUGGUUAAAUUCAAAGCUUGAGGAGGUUUCCUUGGAGUGGAAGAAAGGAGCACAUUCUUCUCAUGAGUCUGGGAUCCAUCAACUAGAGGAACGGGUCGAGAAUGUUGAACUGUCUUUGUCAGAUGUCAUAGUUGAACUAGACAAGGUGAAGACUAAAUCUGCUGCUGCUCAAGUUUCUUCGUUUCAGUUUAUAGAUUUUCUUAUAAAGAGAUUAUUUCUCUCUUGCUUCUCAUUCUCAAAAUCCUAGCUGAUCUAUGUCUUAUAAACAGAGCUUUGAGGAGUUCUCCUCCGAACCAAAAAACUAUAAUUGUUUAAUGUGUUAUGAUCUCAUCAACAUUGAGGAUGGUUCUCUAUUUCAGUUCUUAUCAAGCUAAGUUUGAUUUCGUUUUUUUUUCUUUUUCGGUUUAUGUGCUGAUCACUUUUUUUUUUUUGUUACAUAGUACUACCAUAACCAACGCAUUCUCUUUUCUACGUGAAACUUAAUAUCUGUUUUGUGGUCCCCUCUUUGCUAUUGUGUAAACAAUGGUGGAAUCUUUAAGUAAAAUUAUUUUCGUCCAGUUUCUUUUUUCAUACUUCGACAUGGGGUUUUUCAUUAGGAGAUGUUAUUGGUUUAUGUAUUUUGAUUGAUUUAAAAAUUCACGUAGUAUUUAUAAAUCCAAGUAAAAUAUACAUAUUUUUAAAUUUUUUUGGAUAGUAUUUUACAAAUUCAGAGGUUUUCCUUAGAUUUGAGUCUUUGUAUUUUUAACAAAAAAAUUCAAAAAAAU